AUGCCUCCCGCUCCAGAAGGACGGGUUCCCAAGCGUCGUCGCACCAGCGAUGACGUAGAAGCGGGCAGCUCGCAGCAGCCAUCACGUUGGGUGAAAAAAGCCAAACGAGCUACGGGCGAGCUGAGGAAGCUGCUGCGCGAAGCCAAUGGGGUUCACGAGCUUGUAACGAAGACGGAACAAGCGAUAGCACGCGCCUCGGAAAGUGUGAAGAACAUGGUGCACGACGUUGAUAUGCUCGACGCACGCCGUACGGCAUCCUCGCGGGCCAACCGUACUCGCCAGAGUACUGCGGUCCCGAUUCAUUCAACACCCGCCCACGAGACGGCGUCCCUGCCAUCCGUCCCGAGAAGCGGCACAGACGCAGAAAAGACCUCCGACCUUCAGGCCGCCCUCGUUGCGCUGAUAAAAGCGCGAGUUGAUGAAAACAAGGACACUGAUAAGCGUUCAAUGGAUGGCGUUCUUCGCUCUGUACUCGAUGCGCUGAUUGACGCCGACCCCCGAGAAAACACGACAUGCUGUACAUGUCGACCUACAGCCAGUCAACGACGGCGCAUCGAGGAAACGAAGUUCUCGAAACCGAGGCCUCGCAUCGGCGCGGACGCACAAGGGUUCCCAUACGACGACCGCAGCGCAUGUUCAAUGUCCGACCCUCAUCCGGACCGCCUUACGAGUAAGGAACGAAACGUCGAAAAAAUGCUCGCUUUGGGUCGACCAGAUCCGUUCAUGGAUUCUUUACCUGGGCUAUCGGUACGACCACGACCAAGGGCUCCAAGGGUGUUCAAGCAACAGUUCACCGUCCAAUUCCAACAUUUACCCCCCGGCGUUCUCGCCGAGAUGGAGCGUUGGCAUGUCGAACUGGGCCGCUGCGGAAAUUGUAUAAUGAGGGCGAUGCGGACGUUCCCUCCUUGGAUUAUUGAGGUUGAAUGGCCGGCAGUUGCGGAGGACGGAUGUCCCGUAUAUGAGAACCGAGCAAAGGCUGAGGUGGCCGAAUGGGAUGAGGAGCGAAGACAGUGGCGUCAUCUGAUCCUAGAUCAUUACCGUUGGAUACCCGUUGAAGAACUUGAGGAGAGACCCAGCGACAGUGCGGCAGAUCCUGAAGUUGUCAAUGGGACAGCACAUGCAUCUAUACCUUGGGACGCUUUGAUUGACUACGAUGCCCUCAAUGAAUAA